AUGGCAACACGCAACGGAUCAUCACCUCUUGGGCGCAUGCUCUCCGUCAUUGACUGCCCACACUCGUCUCUUCGCUUUUUAAUUCUUGAUUGUCCUACCGAAUCAACACUCGAUUUCUACAUGGAACAGUUCAAUCGACUCAAUGUCGCUGCAGUGGUACGAUGCUGCCAACCCACAUAUAAUGCGAAUCGUUUAAUGGAACGUGAUAUUCAAGUUAUUGAUCUUCCUUUCAAGGACGGUGGGCUGCCCCCGCCGGUCAUCGUGCGCGAGUGGUUAUCGCUCGUAGAAAAGACCAAAGAAAAAGACCCCACUCCAACCAUUGCAGUGCACUGUGUUGCUGGCCUUGGUCGAGCGCCCGUGCUUGUCGCGAUUGCCCUGAUUGAAAUGGGCAUGAAGCCGCUGGAUUCUAUCGAGCAUAUCCGAGCGAAGAGACGCGGGGCUUUUAACAAACCUCAGAUUGCAUACCUGGUAAGUUUCCAAGAAGGGGGGUUUCUUUCAUGCAUUUCGACGAGUUGA